CGCCAAGCAGGUUUCCUCGCUUACAGUUUACACAGUUUGAAUAGUUUGGACCAGAAGUUGUUUCAAAUCAAAUAAUAUUGUGACAUCUCCACCGUGGACGGCGUGCGAUUAAAGGAGGGUCUGACUGCAGGAGGCAGUUGCUCCGGGCCGGACAGAAUCACCUGAAGCGGGUUAUUUGAACACCAAGCAGCCUCUGGUGGAUGCUGCUGCUGCCAACGGGGAUAUCAUGCCUGCACUAAGCCUGAAAGGAGUGACAAUAGACUUCCCCUUCACCCCGUAUGACUGCCAGAAGGACUACAUGACCAAAGUGAUCCAAUGUCUCCAGGAUAAGGUGAACGGGGUUCUGGAGAGUCCCACUGGAACCGGUAAAACCCUGUGCCUGCUCUGUGCCACGCUGGCCUGGAGGCAGUACUUCAAGGAUGGAAUUUCUGCCCGCAAAAUAGCAGACAAGCUUGGUGGCGAGGAGAUGUUUCCCAAAACGCCGCUCGCCUCCUGGGGCACAGCCGCCACUGAUGGCGACAACACAACCUACUACACAGAUGUUCCCAAGAUCAUAUAUGCAUCCAGGACCCACUCCCAGCUCGCACAGGUUAUCAACGAGCUGAAGAACACUUCAUACAAGCCAAAGAUGUGUGUGCUGGGCUCCAGAGAGCAGCUGUGCAUCCACCAGGAUGUCAUGCGUCAGGAGAGCAACCACGUCAAAGUCCACAUGUGCAGGGCAAAGGUUUCUACCAGGUCGUGUCACUACUACAACAACGUUGAAGAGAAAAGCACCGACAGAGACGUGUUGAACUCGAUCCUUGAUGUGGAGGAUUUGGUGAAAUUUGGAACCAAGCAAAGGGUCUGUCCGUACUACCUCAGCCGGUCCCUAAAGCAGCAAGCAGACAUUAUUUUUAUGCCGUACAACUACCUGCUGGAUCCUAAGAGCCGCAGAGCCCACAACAUCGAGCUGAACGGAGCUGUCGUCAUCUUCGAUGAAGCUCACAACGUGGAGAAGACGUGUGAAGAGUCGACGUCGUUCGACCUGACCCCCUACGACGUGGCUUCAGCCAUCACCGCGGUGGACAAACUGCUGGUGGAAACGGCCCGGGAUGCCACCCAAGGAGACACGGUCACCGAAGACUUCAACGUGGAAUCCCUCAACUCUGGUUUAAAAAUGAAUAUAAACGCUGUUGCUAAUAUCAAACAGAUACUGUUGGACCUGGAAGCUGCAAUCGAUUCCUAUGAAGUGCCGAGCGAUAAAGGCGUCACGAAACCUGGAAUCUUCAUCUACGAGCUGCUGCAAAGAGCCAACCUGACCUACGACACCAAGACGGCGGUGCAGGAGGCUCUGGAGCAGAUGAUGGGAUACCUGGCAGGACAGCCGGGAAUAUUCCUCAACACAAGUGGGCUGCAGAAACUAGCUGAAAUCAUCCAGCUGGUGUUCUGCGGGGAACCUCCACAAAGUGAGCGACAGCAGCAGAUGCAGGUCAACACGGCUCAGUUUAAGGUCCACAUCCAUCAAGACACCAGCCAACACAAGAAGAAACAGAGCACUGAUUUGUGGGUGGCGUCUUCUUCAAAGAAACAAGGCAACGUUCUGAGUUACUGGUGCUUCUCUCCUGGCUUCAGCAUGCAGGAACUGGUGAGGCAAGGCGUUCGCAGCAUCAUCCUGACCAGCGGCACCCUCUCUCCUCUGUCCUCGUUCACCUCUGAGAUGAGGAUAAAAUUUCCUGUUUCUCUGGAGAACAGUCACGUGAUCGAGCGGGAUCAGAUCUUUGUUAGCGUCAUUGAUCGAGGCCCGGAUGGAGCGCACCUGAGUUCAGCGUUUGACAGAAGGUUUGUGCCAGAAAAUAUGGCGUCUUUAGGCAACACAGUUGCCAACCUCAGCCGUGUGGUUCCUCACGGUCUCCUGGUGUUUUUCCCGUCUUUUUUUGUGAUGGAAACGACGCUGGAGUUCUGGAGGGGCAACGGACACGCGGAUCGUAUUGAGAACGUGAAGCCCAUGUUCGUUGAGACUAAAGGGAAGGGCACCUUCACCGAGGUGAUCGAUGGAUAUUACAACAAAGUCAAUGAUCCAGCAACCAGAGGAGGAAGUUUCUUUGCCGUGUGUCGAGGGAAGGCUAGCGAGGGUUUGGAUUUUGCCGACACCUUCGGUCGCGGCGUCAUCAUCACCGGCCUUCCGUUCCCGCCCAAGAUGGACCGCCGCGUCAUCUUGAAGAUGCAGUUUUUGGAUGAGAUGGCAAGGAAGAGAGAGCCUGGGAUGAGGUACUUGUCGGGGCAGGAGUGGUACAAACAGCAGGCUUACAGAGCCGUGAACCAGGCCAUCGGGAGAGUUAUCCGCCACAAGGAGGACUACGGAGCCAUCUUCCUGUGUGAUCAGAGGUUUAAAAACGCUGAUGCCCGGGCACAUCUCCCGUCGUGGGUCCGGCCGUACGUGCGCCUCUAUGACGGCUUUGGGAACAUGGUCCGGGACGUUUCGCAGUUCUUCAGGGUUGCGCAGAAAAUGAGGCCGGUGCCGGUGAAGACGGCUGCAGCGGCGUGCUGUGCAAAUGUGUGUUCACCGGACACUCAGUCUUCCUCCUCCUCCUCCUCCUCUUUCUCCUACACCUCCUCCCUGAGCUCCACCGCCCAGAAGGCCACGGUCCUGGACGCUCACCUCCCCAGCCUGAAGAGGAAGAGACUCAAUGAAAACAGUGGAGCCAAUGGGAUGGCCAAGAUCUGUAUCGAUUAUGAUUACCAAGUUCGGGAGAGUCAGAAGAGACCAGCCACCCUGCUGGACGCCCUGGACCGAGGGGACCGUCACCAUGGAGACGAUGAUGCUGAAGGAGUGCAGAAGGCGAGCCGUCUGUCCACCCUUUCUCUUCAGUAUGACAAGAGGAUGGAGGACGAACUGCGAGGAGGAAAGCGCAAAAUAAAGUUGGUGCAGGAUCCGAGAAUGAGCGUCACGGAGGACGUGUCGGAGGAGGGCAAAGCCAGCCGGGCCAAGCAGUUCCUGGCCGACAUGAAGAAGUCGCUGAGCAAGGUGACCUUCGACCGCAUCGUUCGAGCGCUGCAGACCUACAAGACGGACGACAACCUGGACAACCUGCUGGCGGAGACGGCCGUCUUAAGUGAAGACGCCAACACUCACUGCCUGCUCCGCGGUUUCUACCAGUUCGUUCGUCCGCAUCACAAGAAGAGGUUCGACGAGAGGUGUGAGGAGCUGACUGGGCAGGGCUGCGGGUACCGGCCCGAGCAUUCUCUGUCCAAGGAUGAGAAGAGAGCCGUCCUGUCGCAGAGCGCUGCAGACGGACAUCCUGCCGUAGGUUUGACGUCGUCAUCGUCAUCGUCGUCCUCCGGCGGGCAGCUGGAUACGCAGCAGCUCAACAAGGGCGGACAGCACCUGAGCCAGCAGGGACUGAGACAACCUCAGGCCGGUUCUGCACCGAAGAAGGAGCCCCACGUAGCCUUCCUGGCCGACGUGAAGAGAGCCCUGGGAGCAGAGCAGUCCACUCAGCUCUUCCAGGCCAUCCACGGCUACAAGAAGACGGACAGCUACGAGAGCCUGGUGUCCACGGUGGUGAGCUUGUUCACCGAGAGGGACGAGAACGUCCACCUGCUCGUCAGGUUUGGCAUGUUUAUCCGUCCUCAUCACAAGAAGCAGUACAAAGAGAUGCUGGACGCUCUGAUGGGUCAGACGACGCCGACGGAUGGAGUCCCAGACUUGAGCGAUGAGCAACAAAGACAAAGUGACGAUCAGCACGUUUCUUUAUCACCGCCGUUGAAGACACAAAGCAAGAUCUCCGGUUUCUUCUCAAAAAGUCAAAGAAAAUAAAAACGGCUGUCUGAACUUGGAGGAGAGAUUUCUGCCAAUGGACCAGAACUGCUGCUGAGCUCGAUGACCACGAGGGGAGAACACACCCCACUAGACUGGUGGAAGUCCAUACCUGAUGGAGAUCAAUAUGGAUCAGUGUUAUGGGUUUGGUGUUACAGUAACGGGUCACGUGUCGGGGAGAUCGGAUCAGAUCGAUUCACUUGAUCACCACCUGAGAGGAAGCAGUCAGACGAUAUCACAGUGAUGAGAAAUAAUGGACUCCAGAUCCUCUUUUUUAUGACAGAAUGUUGAUAUUUUUAUUUUAUUAGUUUCAUCGUUUUAAUUUGUAAAGGUUUGAAAGUAUAACUGGUGAACCUGAUAGCGUUUGUUUUCCAGAUAUUUUUGUAAUGAUCAUACUUUAAUCAGGACACGGAUGAAAUUAGGUACAUCAGUAAUUUCAACCCACUUAAUGUAUUUGCUCUGUAUUAAAUUGAUGUUAUUGUAAGUAAAGAUGUAGAAAAAACAUUUUGAGCAAAAUAGAUUUUUUUUUUUUUUUUUA